AUGUCACGGUGGAUAGUCGUUGUAUCGGGCCCACAAAUGCUGGACGACAUUCGACGAGCAACCGAUGAUCAGCUGUCGUUUCGCGAGGCUAUUGCGGAAGUUGUGCAAACGGAUUACAUGAUAGGCCCCCAAAUACGUCGAGAUCCUUACCAUGUAAACUCCGUCAGAAUGCAGCUUACGAGGAACCUGGGGGUACGAUUUGAUGAUAUUAAAGAUGAAAUUUUUGCUGCCUUCAAGGACCUUAUUUCAACUGCAGAUCAUGGUCGGGAUCCUGACUUCAAAGAGUUGACCGAGCAAUUCACAAUGCAUGUUAUACUGGGAGGGCAAAUACUCAAUCUGUUUCCCAUGAUGCUGAAGCCCAUUAUAGGAAGAUUUUUGACCAGGGUGCCUAGCAACAUCAAGCGCAUGGUACACCACACAGGUCCAUUGGUACAAGCCCAACUGGAUCAGGAAAAAUCUACGGAGGGUAAUUCUGAAGCGCCGACGAAGAAUAAUCUGAUUAGCUGGCUUCUCGAAGAGGCAAAAGGGGAGCAAAGGACUGUACAGGACAUUGCUCUUCGCUUGUUGACCAUAAACUUUGCGUCAAUUCAUACCACUUCCAUGGCAUUGACAAACAUUCUCUAUGAUCUUGCUACGUACCCUGAAUACGUGGAACCUAUGAGGGAGGAAGUUGAGAGAAUUAUCGAGUCAGAGGGCUGGACCAAGUCAUCCAUGGGAAAAAUGAGAAAGCUCGAUAGCUUUGUGAAAGAGUCGCAGAGACUUGCAAUUGGGUCACAAUCAAUAAGGCGAAAGACUCUGAAGGACUUCACAUUUUCAAAUGGUCUGACUGUACCGGCCGAUACUCAUAUAGUUGUUGCCACACGUCCAACGCACCUUGAUGAGGGAAACUAUGAAGAUCCUGACAAGUUCAAUGGUUUUAGAUUCGCUCAUAUCAGGGAGGCAGAAGGGGAAGGGGUCAAGCAUCAAAUGGUCUAUCUAAGUCCAGACUAUGUUUUAUUUGGAACUGGGCGUCAUGCAUGCCCGGGACGGUUCUUUGCUGUUAACGAGCUGAAAGCUAUGCUUGCGUUUGUGCUACAGAACUACGACGUGAAACUCUCGGAAUCGGAGCGUCCUAAGGAGCAAUGGCUCCAGGGUCAAUGUUCACCUAAUAAAACAGCCAAACUGCUGUUUAGGAAAAGAGUGUUGUGA